AUGUCAUCGCCAACACUACUAUCCAAGCCAGUCGGUCCCAUUGGCUUCGGCCUCAUGGGCCUGACCUGGCGGCCUAACCCUCAACCAGCCGAGGAAAGCUACAAAGCCAUGUCGACAGCGCUCGCACAAGGUGCAAACUUCUGGAACGGCGGCGAAUUCUACGGCACGGUUGAGAGAAACUCGUGCCAUCUCCUGAACGAGUACUUCACCAAGAACCCCGGUGACGCCGACAAAGUCGUUCUGAGCAUCAAAGGAGGAGCGGAGCGAGGCGGACUCAUGCCGGACGGCUCACGCACCAACGUCCGCCGCAGCGUCGAGGACUGCCUGGCGAUCCUGGACGGGAAGAAGAGCAUCGACAUCUUCGAAUGUGCGCGCGUCGACCCCAAGACGCCUGUGGAAACCACGGUCAAGGCAUUGGCCGAGCUGGUCCAAGAAGGAAAGAUCGGCGGCAUCGGCCUCUCGGAAGUGAAAGCCAGUACGAUCGAGAAAGCGGCGGCGAUCCACCCGAUCGCCGCCGUCGAAGUCGAACUCUCGCUCUGGGCGCUCGACAUCCUGCGCAACGGCGUGGCCGCGACGUGUGCGAAGCUCAACAUUCCCAUCGCGGCGUACAGCCCGCUCGCACGCGGCGGCAUCUUCGGCGACAUCCGCAAGAACGCCGACAUCCCGGACGACGACUUCCGCAAGCACCUGCCCAAGUUCCAGGACGAUGUGCUCGAUCACAAUAACCAGAUCACCGAUGAAGUGCUUAAGCUGGCGGAGAGGAAGGGGGUCACGGCUGCGCAGGUCGCUAUUGCUUGGGUGCGUGGUCUGAGCGGCAGGACUGUCCCGUUGGGUGUUGAUGGCGAGAAUGUCACGUUCGGCACCAUCAUUCCUAUCCCUGGCGCGACGAAGUCGGAGCGUGUCGUCGAGAAUACGAAGAGUGGAGAGGUCGUGCUGACUGAUGAGGACUAUGACGAGAUCACUGAGAUCUUGAAGAGGACGCAGACCAAGGGUGAUCGGUAUCCGGCAGGGUUGAACUCGUUGUCAGAAGGUUGA